UGAAGGAGACAAGCAGGGGAACAAACAGCAGGGACGGGGAAGUGAAACAGUUUGGAGACAGAAACCAAAAGAGCAAAAGAAGAGAAACUUAAAGUUUUUUCAUCACUCUGGACUGUCAAGACCUGUGAGAACAGACACGAUAACGGGUGAAAUACAGAGAAACAGGGAUGAAUGUGGUUGAUCUGCUGUGCCUUUGAUUAAUGCAACACAUAGAUUCUCUUUGACAGCAACUAAAAGCGCAGACUGUGUGUGUGAGACCGAGAGAUUGACCGAGAGAGACAAGAGGGUAGCUGCUGACGCCAGACAGACAGAAGGCCUGAGUGUGUGUUUGUGUGACUGUGUUAGUGAAACACACACCAGCUGCACUGCUACUCGGACACACAUUAAUUCACCUGAAAAGGCAGACUCCAAUCCUGAUUGGAUGCUUGUCUCAGAAUGACAGCAGAAGACUCCGCCUCUGCCGUUGCUAUGAGUAACCCUAGCCCUUCCUCCUCUUCUAAGGCCUCCUCUGAGCAUCCGCAGCAUCACAGCACCAUCCCAGAGGGAGUGGCUGGUGCCCCCAAUGAAGCUGCCCUAGUGGCCCUGAUGGAGCGAUCAGGCUAUGGUAUGGUGCAAGAAAAUGGACAACGCAAAUAUGGGCCACCGCCUGGCUGGCAAGGCCCCUCCCCUCCACGUGGCUGCGAAAUCUUUGUGGGUAAAAUCCCACGUGAUGUUUACGAGGAUGAGCUGGUGCCAGUAUUUGAGACUGUAGGACGGAUCUACGAGAUGCGCCUGAUGAUGGAUUUUGAUGGGAAGAACCGCGGUUAUGCAUUCGUCAUGUACACGCAGAAGCAUGAGGCUAAGCGAGCAGUUCGUGAACUCAAUAACUUCGAAAUCCGUCCAGGAAGGUUGCUAGGUGUGUGCUCUAGUGUAGAUAACUGCCGCCUCUUCAUUGGUGGAAUCCCAAAAACCAAGAAACGUGAAGAGAUCCUGGAAGAAGUUUCCAAGGUGACAGAGGGGGUGCUGGAUGUGAUUGUGUACGCCAGUGCUGCGGAUAAGAUGAAGAAUCGAGGCUUUGCCUUUGUAGAGUAUGAGUCUCACCGUGCUGCUGCUAUGGCCAGAAGAAAGCUCAUGCCAGGGCGAAUUCAGCUCUGGGGUCACCAGAUUGCAGUUGACUGGGCAGAACCUGAGAUCGACGUUGACGAGGAUGUGAUGGAAACAGUGAAAAUUCUGUAUGUGCGCAACCUGAUGAUAGAGACCAGUGAAGAUACUCUACACCAAACCUUCAGCCAGUUCAAUCCUGGGUGUGUCGAACGGGUCAAAAAAAUCCGAGACUAUGCCUUUGUUCACUUCGCCAGUCGAGAAGAUGCGGUGAUUUCUAUGGACAACCUGAACAACACAGAGAUCGAAGGUUCCCGCAUCGAAGUAACCCUGGCCAAGCCUGUGGAUAAGGAGCAGUACACCCGCUAUCAGAAAGCAUCGAAGGGAACACCGGCUGCGGCUGCAGCUGUGGCUGCGGCUGCAGCUGCGGCUGCGACAACUACUGACAACAGCCAACAAAGUUAUGUGUAUCAGUGUGACCCAUAUACACUCGCCUAUUAUGGCUAUCCCUACAGCACACUCAUUGGACCCAACCGAGACUACUUCAUCAAAGCAGGUACUGUAAGAGGCCGUGGCCGUGCUGGGGCCGUUAAUAGGGGCCCAGGGCCCCGCGGCUCAUACCUUGGUGGCUAUUCAGCUGGCCGAGGCAUUUACAGCCGCUACCAUGAAGGAAAGGCCAAACUGCCGGAUAAGCCUUACGAGAUCAUGACCAAUCUAGAGCUGGCAGCUGUGAACCAAAUGGGCAUGAAGCCUGGCACAAUGGCUCUUCCAGGCCUCUGUGCCCAGUACCCUGCUAUGUUUUCUGCUGCCCCUGCAACUAAGUUAAUGGAGGAAGGGAAGAUGCACCCAGUGGAGCACCUGAUAAAUCCUUUGGCCCUCCAGCAUGACCCCACAGCUGCCUCGGCCACUGCAGCAGUCAUACCUGCGGUCUCCACACCACCACCUUUCCAGGGUCGUCCUUUAACUCCCAUCUAUGCAAUGGCUCAUAAUAUGCAGAGGAUUCCGGCUGGAGCUGCCAGUCUGUAUGGAGCCGGUUACAUGCCUAUCGCCACCCACGCCAACACCGCCACGCUGGCAGCGCUGCAGAAGAACGCUGCUGUGGCAGCCGCUGCAACCUAUGGAGGGUACGCUGGGUACUUGCCUCAGGCCUUCCCUGCUGGUGCCACCUUCCAGAUGCCCAUUCACGAUGUAUACCAGACCUACUGAGACACGCACAGCUUCAAUCACAGUGACUUACAAUUACAUCCACCGCGUCGCCACACGCCAUCAGACAUGUACGGCACAACUAUGAGGUCUGCUGGUUAAUUGAACAACGCAGAGUGAAACUGACAUACAACUAAACUAACACAUUCUGACUCGUGUGAAGCUCCCGGAAGCCUUUAGAUUAGAUGCUGCCAGCAAGGAUGUAGAUUUCUGCUAAAUUUAUUCACAACUUUAUCAGCCCCACAUUUAUUAAUCCAGACGUAUGACCUAGACCAAAACCACUUUUAUAUGCUACUGCUUAACUUACCAAGACAGGUAGACUUUUGUGUUCUAAGUUAUGGACUCAAACCCUUCAAUGUGACCAGAACCUCCCCUAUUCUCCCUUUAGAUCGAUAGGAAGCAGUCUGUCAGUUCAGCUUCCUAAAGGAAUUGACAACACUUGCUGAUUUCCAAAGCCAUCACACGACUGAAUGAAUGACAACUCCUGUUCUCGCAUGCUCAUUUGCAUCUUUUAUCAUUCUGCAGAGGUCUUGUAUAUUAGCUGAUUACCAGUACAGAUGUGGACUGACUCCGAGUGAUAUGUUCAUAUGAAGUAAUUCACAAUAAGACUCGCAGAAGAAGCACACCUACUGACAUAUCACUGUCUUCCCCACACACUCCAGCUGAGAAUCACGAGCCAGAGCGUUCCUGUCGGCACACACUCCUAAUAACGCUCCUCUGCAUUCACGGCCACAAGAAUACUGAAGGAACGCUGUAGUAUUUGUGGACUUUAAAAAGAACGUAUUUAAUGCCUCUGUAUGCUUUAGAGCAUUUACUUUUGUUUUAUGAAGAAAAACUGUAAAAUGAACAAACAACUGCUGAGCAGGAACUUCAACAACCACAGAAGUAGAAGAUUGAAAGUGUUUCAUGAAAAUACUGUAUUUUGAGUUUAUAACAUAUAUUUGCAAAAUGCGUUGAAGAUGUCGAAUCUUACUACCAUUGGGUUUCCUGUACAAGAGUCUAUAUGCAAAUACCUACAUUCGUUUUUCCGCCUGAACUGUUUGCUUAUGCAUUUUUAUAUUUAGAUUGUUUUAAGACUGUACUGUUUAAUUGGUUUGAAGAUGUUGUUUUUAUUGUCUAGAGGAUAUUUAGCUUCUCUUAACUGGAAGAUAGACAAACACUGUUUUCAUUCACAUUCUCAGAGGCAAUGUGUUCAAGAAAAAGAAAACUGGAAAUAUAGACGUUUUUCGGUCAGCUGGAUAUAUGCUGGAUAGCAUUUGUUCCCUGUUUACGGGAUAGUUCACCCAAAAAUGAAAAUGCAUAUCUUUGCAAACCUGUAUACCGUAACUUUCUUUGGUGAAACAUCAAAGACGCUCUCCAUGCAGUUGAAGUCAACGGUAACCAAAACGUUUAGGUUACUAAGAUCUACUUUUGUGUUCUGCGAAAGAAAGUAAGUCAUGCAGGUUUGCAAUGACACAAAUAAAUUAUUUUCAUUGAUUUGCAUAAUUUUCAUUUUUGUGUAAAUUAUCCCUUUAAUGUGUUUUAAAUGCACAAACUGGACUGACAAAAAAAGUAGAUGGGUUGAAGAUGCAGCAUUAUUUAUGAUGACUUAGUUCUGCUUGAUUGCACUGGUUGUGUUUGUCGAUGACCAACCCUUAUUUUUCAGACCACUACUGUGAUUCCAAGCAUUCAGUCCUGUGAAGUCUUAUGUGCAUCAUUAGGAGAGCACAGGCUCCCUCAUAUCCGCUUUUGUGCCAUUAAUACAAAUUACACCUGAAGUAAUGUCCCAUUUAUCACUGAACCAGUUAUGUUCAUGUUGUUUAUUAAUGGUCUUGAGUUGCAGACCUUGAGUUGCAGAAUAAAAUCAGGUUAA